AUGCCAUCGGAUAGGCUUGACCCUUGUGCGAGUGGUAAUGGUAAUGGUAAUGGGUUUCCAAUUGAUAAUCAUCUUAGAGUAAAAGUAAUCCUCCGCGAGGAUUUUCUGGUUCCAGCACACGCGGACAGCGCCGUGGAGCCCCUCGCGGCACACACCCCGCUUCGUGGCUCCACCCGAGGCCGUGGCAGACUUUGGGUAGUUAACUUAUAUAUGAGGCGGAUCAAGCUUCUACUGAAGGCUCCCCGAUUAAGCCAAAAUCAACUUAAAUAA